UGAAUGCAGGGUCCAGGGAGAGCAGAUAUAGUGAAUGCAGGGUCCAGGGAGAGCAGAUAUAGUGAAUACAGGGUGCGGGGAGACCAGAUAUAGUGAAUGCAGGGUCCUGGGAGACCAGAUAUAGUGAAUGCACGGUCCGGGGAGACCGGAUAUAGUGAAUGCACGGUCCUGGGGAGACCAGAUAUAGUGAAUGCAGGGUCCGGGGAGACCAGAUAUAGUGAAUGCAGGGUGCGGGGGAGACCAGAUAUAGUGAAUGCAGGGUCCUGGGGAGACCAGAUAUAGUGAAUGCAGGGUCUGGGGAGACCAGAUAUAGUGAAUGCAGGGGUCCAGGGAGACCAGAUAUAGUGAAUGCAGGGUCCGGGGAGACCAGAUAUAGUGAAUGCAGGGUCUGGGGAGAGCGGAUAUAGUGAAUUCAGGGUCCUGGGAGA